AGGGACAUUAAAUAUGCAUGCGAUGACAAAAAUGGGAGCAAGGUUAAUCUGAAUGCUGACAUCACUGAACAACUUGCGAGAUUGGUAAAAAUAUACGAUGCAACAGGGGAUCGGUGGAAAGCGAUGCAGACAACACGAGGCAACAAUCGCAUCUAUUCGAAGACAUCCAACUAGGCUCAAGUCAGGAAAGGAAGCACUUAAGUUACGAUUUGUCGGGCAAAGGAUGGCGGAGAAGAUUGACGACGUGAUUAAGACCGGAAAUAUGAGGCGCCUGCAGUAUGAGGAGUCCACUGAGUCCGCAAUUGUCACGAAACUAUUUAUGGGUAUUUAUGGUGUCGGUAUGACCACCGCUCGAGAUUGGUACAGUCGUGGCAUGAGGACCCUUGACGACUUGUCAGGAAGUCAUCGUAGAAUUGUAUUAACACCUGCUCAACAGAUUGGUCUCAAGUACUAUACUGAUCUCGCUGAAAGAAUGCCCAGGAGUGAAGCAAAAGCUAUCUUCGAUGCGAUCAAAGCUAUAGCAAUAGGGAUCGACCCAUCCCUCGAGCUCACGAUUAUGGGAAGCUAUAGACGGGGUCAAGAAACCUGCGGUGAUAUCGACAUUCUUUUAACUCGACCAACCAUUGAUGGACGCAGCCAUUCAGGGGUUCUACGGAAACUGUUGCCCAAGCUUCGUGCUGCUGGAGUAUUGACAGAGGACCUCAGCUACCCGAGUGAUCUAGAUGAUGAAGAGGCGAAGUACAUGGGUUUGUGCCGAUUGGGGCAUGAAGGGAAAAUGAGGCGUAUAGAUAUCCUCACCAUCCCAUACCAUCAGCGUGGUGCCGCAUUGAUAUAUUUCACGGGCGAUGAUGUCUUCAAUCGGAGCCUACGUCUGAAGGCGCGACAUGAUGGGUACUCACUCAAUCAACGUGGCUUAUUCACUGGGGUGACAAGAGACCCAAAAACGAAAGUGAAGCUGAGCAACGGAAUUAUAAUUGCCUCUGAGACAGAGCGCGAGAUAUUCAACAUUCUCAAGGUACCUUGGCAAGAACCCCAUCAACGAAGACGUGCCACAUGAGCUACACUAAUGUCUCACUUUCGACUGAUUGUGAUUGCCUGGAACAUGAUUGCAACCACUUUUUCUAUGC